AUGGCAAACACGACUGAAGUCCCUGUUGUGGACAUGACAGGGUACGGACUUGACGUGGUAAACGAGGACGAGGUGGACACAGAAACUGUCCGUUCUGUAGCCGACGCCAUAUGUGGAGCAUUGAGGGACGUCGGAUUUUGCUAUAUAAAAAAUCAUGGCAUUCCCCAAUCCCUGCUGUGGCCUGACGUUGAGAACUUUGAAUCAAGCGUGAAAGAGGUGUACACGCAAUCUCAUAAGCUGGCUUUAAGGAUACUGGACCUGAUGUCAAUUGGAUUAAAGUUAGAUGAUAAACGAUUCCUCAGAAAUUGUCACAAACUGAUAAGCAAAAAGGGAAAUAGCACACUUAUGAGGAACAACUUUUACCCACCAAUAACGUUAGAUAAGGAGGUUAAACCAAAACAGGCACGGUUUGGAGAACACUCUGACUAUGGCUCCUUAACCCUUCUUUAUCAGGAUGGUGUAGGUGGUCUAGAGAUCAGAACUCUUCAGGGUGAGUACGUUCCAGUUGUCCCUAUUCCCGACACAGUGCUCAUCAAUAUUGGGGACCUAAUGCAGAGAUGGACUUCUGACACACUAAUGGCCACAAAACAUCGAGUGUUAAUUCCAGAUGACGAGACGAAAAGGAGAGAAUUUCGUCAAUCCACAGCAUUCUUUAUUCUGCCAGAUGAGGAAGUGAUGAUUGAUUGUCUCGACAAAUCCAAUAAAUACGAUCCCGUCUCGAGCAAAGACUAUCUCGCAAUGAUGCUAAAGCCAAUAUACUAA